GUUUAACAAUAAACACAUUUAGUUUUGGAUUAUGAUGAUUAUUUUAUCUUAAUUAAUAUUCUAUAUAAAACUACAUAAACUCAAUUAUUAAUCUCCCACUCAAAAAUCAAAACACAAAUACGGAAUUUCCGAACACUUAGUUCAUUUACACGAGUCCUUAUCAAACAUUCUUAUAAACAUGCAGAUUAUCUGCGUAGACUUUCGUCAGAAAAUAAAACAAUACUGUUUAUGUAAAUGUCUCUUGCCCGAUGAACAUUUCAAUAAACUAAGUUAAAAAUUCUGUUGUGACCAAUAUUUUAAACAUUACCCCUAAACAUUAUGAAUGUGUACUUGUUGAAGACACACAAUCAUGAUCACAAAAUCAAUACGUUUUGGUCAAACACCAAUUUCAGUAACGCUGUCUAUUCUAAACCUUUAACAAAAAAUACAUGCGAAAAUUUUGUUUUUGACAUGCUCCGCAAAAUCACGGCGAUGACGCUCGGCAUCGGUCAUAUCCUGCACUGGAACGACAGGAAUCUCUUCGAGUUCCCUGAAGACUUGAAACUGAACAGGGACCGAGUGUAUCAACUCUACAUAAAAAACAACUUUAUCGAAGUACUACCAGGAUGGAUUAACAGCUUGGAUAAAUUGACUCACAUAUACAUGGACAACAACAAACUGUCGACGUUUCCCGCGGAAAUUUGUGAAUUGAAGGGGUUGGAAGUGCUAUGCGCUCCACGCAACUCAAUUACGGACAUACCUUCCACGAUCGCUGCUCUCAAGCGACUGACGCAGCUGAACUUAUCCCACAACCGAAUAAGAAAAGUCCCCGGCGGUAAGUCACUAUAUGUUUUAAACAUGCCAUCUCUAUGGCUGUUGGACUUGUCCCACAACGAAAUCGAAACUUUGCCGGAAAUCUAUCCAGAUGGAUUAUAUUACGGGGAAAUAUUGUUGAACGGAAACAAGCUGAUCUCUGUGCCAGACAAUCUCGGUCGUCUGAAGAACAUCGAAUACCUAUCACUGGCCCACAACAAACUCCUGUACGUUCCAGCGGUGGCUUUCAGGUCGGAAGCCAGUAUCAACGUAGACCACAAUCCUUUUUUGAAUUACGUGCCAACCACUAUUAAGGCAGAAAAUUGUGGUACUCAACAAUUUCUGGAAGCGCAUAUGUUACCGAAUAUAACUUUGACGUGCAACUCUCGCAAUUUGAUUGUAUCACCUAAAAUCAAAGAAGUGUUCUGUGUCCAAGGAAAUGCACACUGUCCUACUUUGAAAGAAUUUGCUCUCAGAGCGCUCUACGUUUGGAAGACUCCAUUUUACAAGGAUUGGGUCCCCAAAAAUUUGUGUGAACAAUUGUCGUCAGGCCCAGCUGCUUCCUGUAUGCAAUGUUUAAGACCCUUGUUUACAUACACUUAUAUAUGCAUAUUACAAUACGAUUUUUUUUUCAGAUCACACACUCAUUUCAAUGCCCAAUAUUUUUGUUCUAAAUCGUGUCAUGGGGCAUUUAAACAAAUAACAAAUCGUUACCAAAUGGAUUUACAAGAAUUGGAUUUUAAAAUUAAACCUUAUGGAUUUUUUCAAAGUUGAUUGUGAUUUAUUAUGUAUAAUUAAUAUUAAUAUUGUCAUUAUUUUUAUUUAUAUUCUUGAUGUUCCUAAUUUUACAAUUAUAUUUAUUAAUUUAUUGAAUUCCAAAUAUAAUAAUGAAUAUAUUUAUAA